GGCGGCAGCGGCGGCGGCGGCGGCGGCGGCAGCAUCGAGAGCCGCUGAGGAGACCGAGGAGGCUGCAGAGACCAGGCCUCUCGGGAGACCUCCGAGGAGGCGAAACAGCCUAGGAAACCGAGGACGCUGAAGACCCCAGGCUGCUGAGGAGACCUCAAGGGCGGUGGAGAGCGGGCGGCUGUGGAGACCGAGGCGGCCCCGGCUGCUCCCGGUUGCCCCCACCCCCACCCCCCGGUUACCCCCGAGCACGCGCGCCGGACUCACGCGGCGAGCCCGGGGGUGAUGACCGGCUGACUGCCGCCCGCCCGCCGCUAGCGAGCGCCUGACGAGCCCCGCCCCGCCCUGCCCGGGCCCGCCCGCCCUCCAGCGCGGCCCGCCCUGCCCGGCCCUUCCCCUGCUCCCCGCCCGCUGCCACCGAUUCACCCGCGCGGGCGGCCGCCACGCGAGCUGCGGCCUCCGCCCAGGCGGGGGGCGUCGGCGCUGGGCCCGCCAUGGCCGCGUCCGAGCUCUACACCAAGUUUGCCAGGGUUUGGAUCCCUGAUCCUGAGGAAGUGUGGAAGUCAGCAGAGUUGCUCAAAGAUUAUAAGCCUGGAGAUAAAGUGCUGCUACUUCACCUUGAGGAAGGGAAGGAUUUGGAAUACCGUCUAGAUCCAAAGACCAAGGAGCUGCCUCACUUACGGAACCCUGACAUACUUGUUGGAGAAAAUGAUCUCACGGCCCUCAGCUAUCUUCAUGAGCCUGCUGUGUUGCAUAAUCUCCGCGUUCGUUUCAUCGAUUCCAAACUUAUUUAUACAUAUUGUGGAAUAGUCCUAGUAGCUAUAAAUCCCUAUGAACAGCUGCCUAUUUAUGGAGAAGAUAUUAUUAAUGCAUAUAGUGGCCAGAACAUGGGUGACAUGGAUCCUCACAUCUUUGCAGUAGCUGAAGAGGCUUAUAAGCAAAUGGCAAGGGAUGAACGAAAUCAAUCCAUCAUUGUAAGCGGAGAGUCGGGUGCAGGAAAAACUGUCUCAGCUAAGUAUGCCAUGCGAUACUUUGCAACUGUAAGUGGUUCUGCCAGUGAGGCCAAUGUUGAGGAAAAGGUCUUGGCCUCCAACCCCAUCAUGGAGUCAAUUGGAAAUGCUAAAACGACCAGGAAUGAUAAUAGCAGCCGGUUUGGGAAAUAUAUUGAAAUUGGUUUUGACAAGAGAUAUCGAAUCAUCGGUGCCAAUAUGAGAACUUACCUUUUAGAGAAAUCCAGAGUGGUAUUCCAGGCAGAAGAGGAGAGAAACUACCAUAUCUUCUAUCAGCUCUGUGCGUCAGCGAAGUUACCGGAGUUUAAAAUGCUGCGGUUAGGAAAUGCAGAUAGUUUUCAUUACACGAAGCAAGGAGGCAGCCCUAUGAUUGAAGGAGUGGAUGAUGCGAAGGAGAUGGCGCACACCAGGCAGGCCUGCUCUCUGCUGGGAAUAAGUGAAUCUUAUCAAAUGGGAAUUUUUCGGAUACUUGCUGGCAUCCUUCACUUAGGCAAUGUUGGAUUUGCAUCUCGAGAUUCAGACAGCUGCACAAUACCUCCCAAGCAUGAGCCACUUAUCACCUUCUGUGACCUCAUGGGUGUGGAUUAUGAAGAGAUGUGUCACUGGCUCUGCCACCGAAAGCUGGCUACUGCCACAGAGACAUAUAUCAAGCCCAUCUCCAAGCUUCAGGCCACAAAUGCCCGAGAUGCUUUAGCAAAGCACAUCUAUGCAAAACUCUUCAGCUGGAUUGUGGAUCACGUCAACCAGGCUCUCCAUUCUGCUGUCAAGCAGCACUCUUUCAUUGGCGUGCUGGAUAUUUAUGGAUUUGAAACUUUUGAGAUAAAUAGUUUUGAACAGUUUUGCAUAAAUUAUGCAAAUGAAAAACUGCAGCAACAAUUCAACAUGCAUGUCUUCAAGUUGGAACAGGAGGAAUACAUGAAGGAACAAAUUCCAUGGACACUCAUAGAUUUUUAUGAUAAUCAGCCUUGUAUCAAUCUUAUAGAAUCUAAACUGGGAAUUCUAGAUUUGCUGGAUGAGGAGUGUAAGAUGCCUAAAGGCACAGAUGAUACAUGGGCCCAAAAGCUGUACAACACACAUUUGAACAAAUGUGCUCUCUUUGAGAAGCCUCGUAUGUCAAACAAAGCUUUUAUCAUCAAACAUUUUGCUGACAAAGUGGAGUACCAGUGUGAAGGCUUUCUUGAAAAGAAUAAAGACACUGUUUUUGAAGAACAAAUUAAUGUCCUUAAAUCAAGCAAGUUUAAGAUGCUACCAGAACUAUUUCAAGAUGAUGAGAAGGCCAUCAGUCCUACCUCUGCAACCUCUUCAGGGCGCACUCGAGUGCCUGUAAAGCCUACCAAGAGCCGACCUGGCCAGAUGGCCAAGGAACACAAGAAAACAGUGGGACACCAGUUUCGAAACUCCCUUCACCUGCUUAUGGAAACCCUCAACGCCACGACUCCUCACUAUGUACGCUGCAUUAAGCCUAAUGAUUUCAAGUUUCCAUUCACAUUUGAUGAGAAGAGGGCAGUACAGCAACUGAGAGCAUGUGGUGUCCUGGAGACCAUCCGAAUCAGUGCAGCAGGUUUUCCCUCACGGUGGACUUAUCAAGAGUUUUUCAGCCGGUAUCGGGUCCUAAUGAAGCAGAAAGAUGUGCUGGGAGACAGAAAACAAACAUGCAAGAAUGUAUUAGAGAAACUGAUAUUGGACAAGGACAAAUACCAGUUUGGUAAGACAAAGAUCUUUUUCCGUGCUGGUCAAGUUGCCUAUCUAGAAAAAUUGAGGGCUGACAAACUGAGGGCUGCCUGCAUCCGGAUCCAGAAGACCAUCCGUGGGUGGCUGCUAAGGAAGAAAUAUUUGUGCAUGCAGAGGGCAGCCAUCACAGUGCAGCGAUACGUGCGGGGCUAUCAGGCUCGAUGCUAUGCUAAGUUCCUACGCAGAACCAAGGCAGCAACCACCAUUCAAAAGUACUGGCGCAUGUAUGUGGUUCGCAGGAAGUACAAGAUUCGACGAGCUGCUACUAUUGUUCUUCAGUCUUAUUUGAGAGGCUAUUUGGCAAGAAAUAGAUAUCGCAAGAUACUUCGUGAGCAUAAAGCAGUCAUCAUUCAGAAACGUGUUCGUGGCUGGCUGGCUCGUACACAUUAUAAGAGAACCAUGCAAGCCAUCAUCUACCUUCAGUGCUGUUUCCGGCGGAUGAUGGCCAAGCGUGAGCUGAAGAAACUGAAAAUUGAGGCUCGCUCUGUGGAACGCUACAAGAAGCUCCAUAUUGGCAUGGAAAACAAGAUUAUGCAGCUGCAGCGCAAAGUGGAUGAGCAGAAUAAAGACUACAAAUGCCUCAUGGAGAAACUGACCAAUCUGGAAGGAGUAUACAACUCUGAGACUGAAAAACUACGAAAUGAUGUAGAACGUCUUCAGUUAAGUGAGGAGGAAGCUAAGGUUGCCACUGGGCGGGUCCUCAGUCUGCAGGAAGAAAUUGCCAAGCUCCGCAAAGACCUGGAACAAACUCGAUCAGAGAAAAAAUCCAUUGAAGAACGAGCAGAUAAAUACAAACAAGAAACUGAGCAGCUGGUGUCUACUUUGAAGGAAGAAAACACUUUGCUCAAACAGGAAAAGGAGACCCUCAAUCACCUCAUUGUGGAGCAAGCUAAGGAAAUGACAGAAACUAUGGAGAGAAAGCUAGUAGAAGAGACAAAACAGCUGGAGCUUGACCUAAAUGAUGAAAGGCUGAGGUAUCAGAACCUUCUGAAUGAGUUUAGUCGUCUGGAGGAGCGCUAUGAUGACCUCAAGGAGGAGAUGACCCUGAUGCUGAAUGUGCCUAAGCCAGGACACAAGAGAACAGACUCUACCCACAGCAGUAAUGAGUCUGAAUACACCUUCAGCUCUGAAUUUGCAGAAACUGAAGACAUUGCACCAAGGACAGAGGAGCCAAGUGAGAAGAAGGUGCCUCUAGACAUGUCAUUGUUCCUUAAGCUCCAGAAGCGUGUCACAGAGCUGGAACAGGAGAAGCAAAUAAUGCAGGAUGAGCUGGACCGAAAGGAAGAGCAGAUGUUCCGCAGCAAGGCAAAGGAAGAAGAAAGACCACCAAUUAGAGGUGCAGAACUGGAAUAUGAAUCCCUCAAGCGUCAAGAACUGGAGUCAGAAAACAAAAAACUGAAAAAUGAGCUGAACGAGUUACGCAAAGCCCUCAGUGAGAAGAGUGCCCCAGAAGUGACUGCACCAGGUGCUCCUGCCUACCGUGUCCUCAUGGAACAGUUGACCUCUGUGAGUGAGGAGCUUGAUGUUCGAAAGGAAGAGGUUCUCAUCUUGCGGUCUCAGCUGGUGAGCCAGAAAGAAGCCAUCCAACCCAAGGAUGACAAGAAUACAAUGACAGAUUCCACAAUACUUUUGGAAGAUGUACAGAAAAUGAAAGACAAAGGUGAAAUAGCACAAGCAUAUAUUGGUUUGAAAGAAACAAACAGAUCAUCUACUAUGGAUUACCAGGAGUUGAAUGAGGAUGGAGAGCUCUGGCUGGUUUAUGAAGGGUUAAAACAAGCCAACAGGCUCUUGGAAUCCCAGCUACAGUCGCAGAAGAGGAGCCAUGAGAAUGAAGCCGAGGCCCUCCGUGGGGAAAUCCAGAGCCUAAAGGAAGAAAACAACCGGCAACAGCAGCUACUGGCCCAGAACCUGCAGCUGCCCCCUGAGGCCCGCAUUGAAGCCAGCCUGCAGCAUGAGAUCACACGGCUGACCAAUGAAAACCUGGAUUUGAUGGAACAACUUGAAAAACAGGAUAAAACUGUCCGGAAACUGAAAAAACAACUGAAAGUCUUUGCCAAAAAAAUUGGUGAACUUGAAGUGGGUCAGAUGGAGAACAUCUCUCCAGGACAGAUCAUUGAUGAGCCUAUCCGGCCAGUCAAUAUUCCCCGGAAAGAGAAGGAUUUCCAAGGAAUGCUGGAGUACAAAAGGGAGGAUGAGCAGAAGCUUGUGAAGAACCUGAUUCUAGAAUUGAAGCCACGUGGUGUGGCUGUCAAUUUGAUUCCAGGGUUACCAGCAUAUAUCUUAUUUAUGUGUGUGCGACAUGCUGAUUACCUGAACGAUGAUCAGAAAGUAAGAUCAUUGCUGACAUCAACAAUUAACAGCAUCAAAAAAGUCUUGAAGAAAAGAGGUGAUGAUUUUGAAACUGUCUCCUUCUGGCUCUCUAACACAUGCCGAUUUUUGCACUGUUUGAAGCAAUAUAGUGGAGAAGAGGGCUUCAUGAAACACAACACAUCUCGCCAGAAUGAACACUGCCUCACCAAUUUUGACCUUGCCGAAUAUCGGCAAGUGCUAAGCGACUUGGCCAUUCAGAUCUACCAGCAGCUUGUGAGAGUGUUAGAGAACAUCCUUCAGCCGAUGAUAGUCUCAGGCAUGCUAGAGCAUGAAACAAUUCAGGGUGUAUCCGGGGUGAAGCCCACAGGACUCAGAAAGCGAACCUCCAGUAUCGCAGACGAGGGCACCUACACGCUGGACUCCAUCCUACGUCAGCUCAACUCCUUCCAUUCAGUCAUGUGUCAGCAUGGCAUGGACCCAGAGCUAAUCAAGCAGGUGGUCAAGCAGAUGUUCUACAUUGUGGGUGCCAUCACCCUAAACAACCUCCUCCUGCGCAAGGACAUGUGCUCUUGGAGCAAAGGCAUGCAAAUCAGGUACAAUGUCAGUCAAUUGGAAGAAUGGCUACGUGACAAGAAUCUAAUGAACAGUGGGGCCAAAGAGACUCUGGAACCUCUCAUUCAGGCUGCUCAACUUUUGCAAGUGAAAAAGAAAACCGAUGAUGAUGCUGAAGCCAUCUGCUCCAUGUGCAAUGCUCUGACCACUGCCCAGAUCGUCAAGGUAUUGAACCUGUACACCCCUGUUAAUGAGUUUGAAGAAAGGGUCUCUGUCUCAUUCAUCCGCACUAUACAGAUGCGGUUACGAGACAGGAAAGAUUCUCCACAGCUGCUCAUGGAUGCUAAACACAUCUUUCCUGUCACAUUUCCCUUUAACCCAUCCUCCCUGGCCCUAGAAACCAUCCAGAUCCCAGCCAGCCUAGGCUUGGGCUUCAUUGCACGGGUCUGAAGUGCUGUCCAGGCAAAGACAGAGAACGCAUUUCUCCUCUGAAUAAGAACAGUCGUUUCCAUUGAGCUACUGAAAAUACACUUUUAAAGAAAAAGUACUGAUUAUCUCUAAAAGAAGAUGUUAUUAACUGGAAGUUUCCCUAGAAUCCUUUCACUUGGGAGGAGACACUCCCAUGUUACCUUUAAACCAGCGUUCAUUCUUCACCAGUUGAGUUUGCAUACAGAUGGAUGCUAUCAGGGAGAAAUGAGAAGAAGGGUAAAAGGUGUGUGUCUUCAGCUGACAGCGUUUUUUUUAAACCUUUAGUGCUGCAUUUAAGUGACAUAGAAAAAUACAAUUCCAUACGGAUGAACUGUUGUUAGCAAGGCACAAACAAAGAACUGAAAGAGAAAUCACUACUGAAUACAUAUCAUACAAUCAUGUUGAUAUUGUCAAACUGGAUCAAAAAAUAAACUGGCAAUAUGUAAAGUAAUUGCCUAAGUAACUUCCUUGUUUGUGUCAUUAAGGUACAGCGAUAUUAAAGAUGCUGGCUUGCUAGGUAGCAUAGUUGCUUUUUGUACUGUAGCUUACCAAGCAUCUUAAAUUACUGCUACGUGCUGUCCCCUGAUGAUAGUCUUAUUAGGCACUGCACAACCAGCUUCUCUUUCUUCACUGUUUACAAUUCAACCAGAUCAGUUUUAACAGGGUUAUAUACAAUUAUCUACAGGUUCAUCUGCACAAGGAGCAGACACUGGAAGUUGUGUAGUGAUAGGACAAGAUGUUUGAUGUUUAGGUAGUGUUAGAGUGGUUGGGAUGUCCGUGCUGAUCAGGAUUGCAUAUGCAAUUAUUGAUAUGCAAAUUAAUUUUACCUGUGUGGAUAUCAUCAUAUCAUGGUAUAGUGUUCUGUAAAAUUACUUAUUUUUAGUUCCCAAAUCUUAUUCUUGCCAUGCAUAUAUUCAACAUUAACUGGUCCUAUUUUUAAUUUAUUAAGUGUUAGCCUCAGUCACUAUCUUGAAAGGACUAUCAGAAUAUUUAUGAUUCAGAUCUUGAAACUUUGAUUAUCCUAUAAGUUAUUCAAAAAAGACAUAUAAUAAAUCAUUAUAAUUCAGGGGGUAUAGGUGUUGCAUCCUCUAAAAGUGUUUUCAGAUAUCACUAAAUACUUUUAAAAACAUCAUAUUAUAAAUACAGUAAGAAGAUUUAUGUAAGAAAUAUAAGAAGAUUAUUAAAUUUUAUAGAGGAUUUGGUUCAGUAAGACCUAGAUUCUGUAAACCUUCAUUAUGAAAGUCUAAUUAAACAUAGUCUCCACUUUUUUUCCUGGAAGUCUUAUAUAAUAAAUCCUUUGAGUUAUGUAAGAACAAAUUCUUAGUUUUUAUUCCUCUGGUUCUUAGUUACAUCAUCAAUUUAUAUAGUUUAACUGUAAGAUGGUCGGUAACAAUGACAUUUAAAUAUGUGCAAUAUUAUUGAUGAGAACUAAACAGUUUCAAGUCAAUGAUAAAUACUGUUAUUAAACAGCAGUUAUUGUCCAUUAUCUUACUGGAGCCUGAAUGUCCUUGUUUAUAAAAUAAGAGGGUUGGGUAACUGGUUGUUCCAGCCACUUCCCCAUUUACAGUUCCCUCAUGCUUGGUUCCUAGGGCAAGGGGUCACAGUUACUCAGUCCAUCCUGUUGUAAAGACCAGUGUUUAGUGCCUGUCGGUUCCCUGGGUUAACACAGUAAGUAACAAGUUUACGUAGCCACAACUUUUUCUUAACGUACAUCAUUUAGGUACUUUAGGAAAAUCCUAAUGUAUUUGUGUUACUUGAAAGUCACGUAGUUUAGUGAUUUUUGUUACAUGAUGAACUGCUUUGUCAUUUGAAGGAUUUUAUUGAACCCAGGGCCCCAUGUAUGUUAAAUAAGUCCUCUGUCACUGAGCUGCAGUCUCAGCCCUUCAUCAGUUCUAGUACAUUUAUUUACUUGCAGAACCUAAAACACUAAUUCAACCAGAUUCAAUUUUUGUGGGUUUUCUGUAUUGUUUCAGUGAGCAGUUAAUGCUUAAAGCAGCUUCAUUCGUGCCGUGUGUCAUACAGCUAGAGGGGGCAGCAGGUGGAAGAGCUGCUCAGCAAACAGAGCCAUGUGUAGGCUGUCUUCCCUCAGCCCUGGCAGUCCUCCCACACCCUGCUCCCAGCUUAAUCCUGUGUAGGACGCAACUGUUGUGCACCCUGAGUUUUGUCUUCAAGAUCGUGCUACCACUGUCCCUGGAGCCCUUUAUUUCCUUACUCCAGACAUUGUGUCCUACAGUUCCUGGCACUUUUUCUCUGCUGUCAAGAACUGAAACUCCUGCUCCGUAGCUAUUCCUACUCUGCAGUUUCUCCUGUUUCAGUGAUAAUGGCUCAGAGUUUCUAUGAUUCCAGGCUCCAGCUCUUUGAAGCUGCUUCAGAACCCCAGAUGGGGAUCUGAAGUAACGCCUCUUGUUUAUCUGGAAAAGAAUACUUAAUAACCAGGGAACCUCAAAACCUGGUAAGUGACUGUGUGCACUUUGUUAAGGAAGCACCAGGUUUCUGCCGACUAGGUAGGGUAACCUUCAUUCUGUCAUCUGUGCCCUCACCUAGCUUCAAACACACACCCAGCUUUUCCUCUGCCUGUCACACUUUCCUGCUUCUUCCCUCGGUCUAAUUUACGAGCCAGAUGGUUUUCUGUGGCGCUGGCCGGCAUGCAUGGGACUUACCUUUUGGUGUCUGUGCACACACCUUUCUGUUCUCGUUUCUGUACUCCUUAUUAUUAUCACUAAUUGGCUCUUCCAUCAUUCCUCUGUGACACACUUGGACUCCAAAGAAGGAGCUCUUGGAAGGCACAACAGCACAGCACCCCUUCUCUUGGUAGCCCCUGCCAGAACCACCCACUUUCCCUGCCGCACGUGCAGCUUACACCCGUGGGAUCCAAGGUGAGAAGAAGCAGUUUCCCCUCCCUUCCUGCAGCUUUUCUUAGCCCAAGGCUUGAGUCUGCCUUCAAGUAACUCCAAAGCAGGAAAGAUAAGCAUGAAACAAGAUUCAGAAAGGACAAGUUGAUGGUUCCUUUAGAAGCUUUGAACAUUCCUCAUAACCUGGCACUGCUUUGAAAGCAAAUAUACAGAACUGUAAUCCAAAGCCAAGUGAUAGAAAUUAGGUUAGAGGACUUGCUUUGUUACUGAUCCAUUUCAGUAGAUAGACUCUUAAUGGGUGAGCAAGCGUGUGCAAUACACAUAUUCUUUCAGAGUGUAUACAGGAGGCUGUGAAAAGCAGUGUCUUGAUUGUUGUGAGAAAUUACUUUUCUGACAAUUCUAGGAAAGAGGAGCUACUGCCAUCCUGAGAGCUCCACAGAGUUCCUUCUCUCACACCCACAGCCGCCAGCUGAGAGGUUUCAGGAGGUCUUGUCGAGGGUUAAAGAGCGAAUGUCCAUGUGUGCUAGAACCCGUAUGCAUGUGCUUCACGCCAGCACUCUUCUCUCUUACCUCACUCCCUCACAGCGUCAACAGGAGACAGCUCCCACAGUCAAUGUGAGGGACAAUUCGGAUCAAUGGUGUGCUCAGUGACUUGCCUAGGGUGGCACUGUCCUCCAGAUGCUGGGGUGCCCUGGGCUAGUGAGGGCCCUCUUCUUCUCUACUGGUACGUGGAAAGAGAAAAAUGAUGGGCACCAGCUUGCUUCUGUGGAGGCCGGUGCACAGUACUUGUAACGCCAACUGUGACAAGGCUUGCCCUUUGACAUAAUCAGUGCUAGUUGACAGGGUACGGGCUCUCAAACUAGAGACUGUCCAAACUAAGAGGGCAGGGAGCAGUAAAAAGCUCAGAUGUGAAGAGGCAAGGCAGGCCACUCCACAGCCCUGAGGUUUCCCUGUGAGAGCCCCUGACUAAGCGGCACAGCCUACAGAGAACUCUCCUGUAGUUUCAGUCUGCUGUCUUGUCUAGGGGAGCCCAGGACACUAAGGACUUCCCUCCCUGGGGCUGUCCACCAUUGGCAAGUCACUGUAAGCUUGGAAGUGCCCCCAGCACGCUGCCAGGGAGACGCCGGAGCUGGCUGUGGGCAUGCGUGCUGGAGGCCACAAGCAUUGUGCUAGUGCUUUGUAACUGUUCUCAGACUGUGCUGUGAGGGCCGCCUUAACCCUUGCCCCGUCCCUAUUAGAGCUGCCUUAAGUUCCCCAGAACUUGUCCUCAGUGAGGGAUAUCUUGCCAUGUUUCUUGAGGUUUUGUGAGGAUUUGGAUUGGAUGUGGCUUCCUACCACUGAUUCCUUUCUCUCCUUCCUGCAUCUCCUGCCACCUGUCAUUUCCAAACGGAGAUUGGGAUUUAUGAAGCAACCAAUAAAAUGUUAGCUUUCCAAGUGUUUCUGGGCUAGUGCAGCUCCUCACGACAGUAAGGAAACAAGCUCAUGUGGAGGAAGCAGGACGGACGUCAGAGUAUCCGUGGGGUCUCAAUAGAUCAGAAACCGAAAGAUGCCAUGUCAAACAUCUCCCAAAUGCAUUUUAUACAUUUUUUAUUUUAUAAUUUGGUCUAGCUGAAAAUGUUCAUUAGCUUAAUGUAAUGGAUAAAAUUAGACUCAUAACAUAUCUGUAAACAAUUAACAUAUCCUUGGCAUUGUCAUAUUGCUUGGAAUAGUUGAGAAAGUUUUGGGUUUGCUUUUGAAGGUUGAAAUUGUCAUAUAUAAUUUAAUGUUUGGAAAAUUAAUGCAUUCCUGUGUAUUUUCCAGAGUCAGUAGUUUCAAUAACUUACUGUUAUUAUGUGCUAUAAAAUCUUAGCAUAAGUCACAUGAGCCAUUAUUUUUCCUGCAAACAGUGAUUUUUUUCCUUUAAAUGUGAUUAUGUGUUGUGGUUUAUAAUCCCUAAAUAUGUUCCUUUGUGGAUUUCUGAAGUAGUAUUGAUUUUCUUGUGUUCUUGGAAAGUUUAAAUUGUUCCAGCAGUAUUGCACAGAUGAGUUCAUGACAUUUAACAUACUGCAUUUUUAUUGUAACUGUUUAUAACUUAGUGUGAAAUAGACCUGCCUUGGAAAUACAGUGAAAUGGGACAUUGCAGUUUUCAAAACUGUUUUUUUUCCUCGAAUCUGGAGAAAGAAUUUUUUUGAUCUACACAGUUAAUCUCUGCAAAGUGAUUAGGUGAGGAAGCAGAAAUGCUGAAAGGUGAGAGGUGUUACCAAGCCUCUCCAGAGAGUCUCACAGGAAAGCUUAUAGAAUGUUAACAAUUCACCUCAUUAUCAACAAAGCCUUGGAAACAUGAGUUUCUCACUGGAUAUCACCUAAUGCUAAAAGGAAAGCCAAAACAAUAUCAGAAUGACAUUUUCUGCUCUGAAUUUGUAGUUGUCUAAAGUUGUACUUAGUAUGUAUCUGUUGUUAGCUCUGUAUUCUCCUAGCUGCUGUAGAAAAAUGUUGAAAUAAAGAU